AUGGCUAAUGCUAAAAUAAAAUCUGAUGAAAAAGAUGAACAUGUAAUUGAAGAAGAGAUUGAAAAACGCAAACGAAAUGAAGAUAUUCCUGUUGAAUCACCUAGAAAAUAUAUCCAUCGUUCAGAUGGAAAUUGUUGUGCAACAACAGAAAUGAAAAAUAAUCCAUUAUCUGUUCCAUUUUGGAAGAAUCUAAAUCAUCGACAAUCAUCAUUUCAAUUUCAAACGCAUGAAAUUAGUUAUUUUUCAUUAUUUAAUCGAACAGAUGAUAAAGAAUGUUUUGAAGAUAAACGUUAUCUGCGCGUUUAUAAAUAUCCACUUGAAACACUCAAAGUUGAUUUUGAUUUAAAAGUUGGUGAAUCAGAUUUUGUUUUCGAAAAACAAAAUGAUACAUUAACUGAACCAUUUAAUCCUUCAAAACAAUUUGCUGGAGUAUUUCAAGCAACAAUAUAUUUUUAUCAUCUAUUAUAUGGUGCUGAAAUGGAUUGUGUAGUGGAAAAAUCAUUAUCGAUAACUGAACAUAUUGAACUUAAAGUUUGUGCUGGAAGAUCACUCGAUGAUCUGCCAUUUAAAUAUAAUCGAAAAUUUGCUAAAUGGUGGAUUCAGUGUUUUCUUGUUGGUAAUAAAUAUUCUUUUUUUUUAUUUUCUUGUAUAAUUUAUUUUGAAAAGUUUAAUAUAUGUGUACGUAUUAAAGGUAUUAAAACAAUAGUGAUUGGUUUACGUAAUAAUAAUGGUAUCGUUAGUAGUCUUGCACCACUCAAUAUAACAGAUAUUGAAAAAGCAACAUGUACAUGGCCUCGUCAAUCAUUCUUCAAUUUCUUUUUACUUUUUGCUCAAUUUCUUAAACAACAUGUUACAAAUGAAUACUCACAUACUCAUAAAGAUGUUGUUCUAUUUCGCUUUUUAUCAUCGUCUCAAACAAUUACAACGACAAAAUCAUCUGAUUCAAAAUAUCAUUUUCGUCCUGAUUGGUUUUUCAAUCAAUUUAUUUAA